UGUGCCAUGCUGGAAGAAGAAAACGAAGCUACUAAAGCGAAUAUGUCGUAAUUUGGACGGGGUAGGACGGGGGUGGGGCUGUCACGCUGCUCAAGAAGAAAAGAAAAUUCUUAAAAAAUGUCGAGCAACAACGACUACAACGACGACGACGGCUCCAGCAGAUCCUCGCUCGGCCCGGGCACGUCGACCGCGGCGGCGGUGGCGGCGAGGACAGCUUCCAACGACUGGGACCCCACGGCCCACGACGACGAGCUGCCGUCCGACGAGUGCCUGGCACGGGUCAAGCACGAGCUCGCCGAGCUGGAAGCGCAGCCCCUCCCGUCCGCCUUCGUCGUGGCGGAACCGAAGGACGUCACCAAGAUCAACGCGCUCAUCGUGGGCCCCCAGGGCACGCCGUUCGAAGGCGGGUUCUUCUACGUCCUGAUCAAGUGUCCCCCGGACUACCCCAACAGCCCUCCGCGCGCCCGCCUCAUGACCACGGACGCCGGCCGAGUCAAGUUCAGUCCGAACAUGCACGAGAACGGCAAGAUGUGCCUGAGCAUCCUGGGCACCGGUCCCGGACCGUCCUGGAGCCCCAACUACGGAGUCGCGGGCGUCCUGCUCAACGUGCAGUCGCUGAUGACCGAGAGUCCGUACCACGACGAGCCCGGCUACGAGGUUCAGAACCAGUCGCGCAAGCUCUCCCGUUACGACGCCAUCAUACAGCACGAGACGAUCAGGGUCGCCGUGUGCGACCAGCUGGACGCUUGUAUCCGUGGGACGUCGUCUCUGCCCGAGCCUUUCAGGGAGCAGCUCUUUCAGGGAUUCCCGAAGUUCUACGCCAAGUACGAAGAGGCGGUCAAGUCGCAGAUGCACCUGACGGGCACCCAGAUGAACGACCCGUUCGGCGACUGGCGCGGGACCUUCCAGUACGAAACGCUGCUCACGCGGCUGCAAAAUCUGUUGGAAGAGGUGACCAAGAGGAACGAAGCGGCCGCCAAAGCGACAGAGAAUCGGUGAACUCGCACGGGAGCACCUAUGGUGUGCGAGAAGGCUCCCGAAAGUGCAUGGUCGCAGCUACUAAAUUUAGGCGCUAGUGCAGCGAUUCAUUCAGGGCAAGAAUAUGGAAGGGCGGCAGAAAAAAAUAUAUAUGUUUUUCCUUUAAACCUGUAGGGGCAUCAAUUAUUUUUUGCAAUCGGAACGAGACUUCAUGCCGCACUUUAAAAUUAAAGCUAUCGAUAUUUCUG